GACAUCUUAGCUCCCUCACAAGGACUAUUUAUUGAUUCUGAGUGUCCAUCUAGCGUUGUGCGUGAACGCUACAGGACUAGGCCUACAGGCUACAGGGCAUAAAAUUAAGGCCAAUUAACAGCAUUUGGCUACAGCAAAACGUUCGUUAGGAUAAAUUGCUGCUAUCCUGUGGAACAGAUGCCACGCCGGGGUCAAGUGUCAAGUUGUCAAGUGACUAAACUUGAAAACAGCACAUCACCAGCACUCAGUCAGCCUCGAGUCGAUCGAAUGUUUUCUUGGGAAAAAGGGGUGGACUGGCUUACUCUGUUACUGUGAACAAGAGCACAUUCAGGCAAAAGUUUGCAAUCGUUGUGCAAUAGGGAACCACUGCAAGAAGUAGAAUAUCUAGAGUCAGAAACUUUGAAAAGACCGGCUCGGGCAUUCCAUUUCCACUCUUCCAGUUCCAGUCCCUCCGAUCAAGAUCAAGAUAAUACUUCUAUUUCUAUUGUUUGUUGUAGUUGUAGGCCUAAAUCUAGAUCUAAUCUAGAUCUAGAUCUAAUAUAUCUAGAAUCUAGAUUCUAGAUCCAGUGAUCUCAUCCGAGCAACAGCACAACAAUCGGCUUUCUGCAACUGUAAUACAACAGUAACAGUGCCAUCGCAAUGGGUGUAUCUCGAGAGAAGUUUCUUGCCAGUGCGAAGGAGCUCUUGUCCUUUGUCAACAAAUCGCCAUCACCUUUUCAUGCUGUUGAUGAAGUGAAAAAGUCUCUGCAGAAGGUUGGCUUUCAAGAACUGAAAGAGACAGAGCAAUGGACCAUUGCUCCUAUGAAAAAGUACUAUGUGACCAAGAAUGGGUCGGCGAUCAUCGCUUUCGCUGUGGGCGGCCAGUACAAGGCUGGAAAUGGCUUCAGCAUUGUGGGAGCUCACACAGACAGCCCUUGCCUCAAGGUGAAGCCAGUGUCUGCGAAGACUAAAAAUGGUUUUUGCCAAGUGGGUGUGGAGUGCUACGGUGGAGGAAUCUGGAACACGUGGUUUGACCGGGACUUGACCGUAGCGGGAAGAGUUUUGGUCAAGGACAAGACCAGUGAGUCAAUUGAGUCGAGACUUGUGCACAUCCAGCGCCCCAUCCUGCGCAUACCUCACCUGGCAAUCCACUUACAGAGAGACAUCAACGACAGCUUCGGGCCCAACAAAGAGAAUCAUCUCUGCCCCAUCCUAGCGACAUGUGCUCAGGCUGAGUUACAAGGAGACAAAACUCCAGCACUGGGAGACGCGGCUGCCUCAGGUCCAGCAUCUCAGGCGUCCAAGCACUCCCCAACCCUGGUACGUUUGAUCUGUCAAGAGCUGAACAUCGACCCUGGUCAGAUGAUGGACUUUGAGCUCUGUUUGGCCGACACCCAGCCUGCUGCUCUCGGAGGAGCUUGUGAGGAAUUCCUGUUUGCCCCCCGACUGGACAACCUUUUCAAUGCCUUCACAGCCUACAGAGGUCUGCUGGAUUCCCUGUCUGACAGCAGUCUGGAGACGGAUACAAACAUUCGGAUGAUCAGUCUGUUCGAUAACGAAGAGGUGGGUUCCCAGAGUGCCCAGGGCGCGGGCUCUACAUUCCAAGAACUGGUGAUGCGACGGGUCAGUACGAGCCCGGCGCGACCGACGGCCUUUGAGGAGUCGAUCGCUCACUCCUACAUGGUCAGUGCUGACCAGGCCCACGGAUGUCACCCUAACUACUCGGAGAAACAUGAGAGCAACCACCAGCCUUGCUUCCAUAAGGGCAUAGUGAUCAAGUUCAACGCCAACCAGCGCUACGCAACCACCAGCGUCACCGCCACCAUCCUGAGGGAGGUCGCGCGGAAAGCAGAAGUGCCUCUACAGGACUUUGUGGUGCGCAAUGACUCCCCCUGUGGCUCCACCAUUGGCCCCAUCAUGUCGGCCAAGCUGGGUAUGCAGACCAUCGACGUGGGCGCAGCGCAGUUUGCCAUGCAUUCCAUCCGCGAGAUGGGGGCCACUGACGAUGUGCUGUACGCCAUCAAGCUGUAUGAGGGAUUUUUUAAACACUACCCAGCUGUCCAUGAGUCUCUGAAGUUCAACUGAGCCGGCCCGAUUUAGCAGAGAUGGAGAGAUAGAAAGAGAGAUGGAGAGAUGGAGAGAUAGAAAGAGAGAUGGAGAGAUAGAAAGAGAGAUGAA